AUGUCCUGCCAAGCGGUGCUAGGCCGUGUUGACAGCAGUGAUGAUGUCCGUUACUCCUGUCGGAUCCAGGAGUUUCUUUUCCUGUCUCCGAGUGUUAUACCCAGCAUGAUCCUGUCCAUCUUCCGCUGUGCAACCCUGAGCAUUUCCAUUUUAGUGCCACCCAACGCAAGAAACACGCUCAUGAACCAAGACAUAUCAAGGCUGCGACAGUCCACCCUGAAAACUGCUUCGCUGGACCAGGUGACCUACCGGACAUCCGGAGAGAGGAUGGACCCGCGUGUGUCGCUACCAGUGGGACUGCUGGUGCUCGCCCUUAUGGGCACCUGCGUGACUGGUCAAGGUUGCCGAGACGGGUACGUUUACCAUCAGCAUAGCCGCCUGUGCUACAAGGCCUUCAACCACGCGACAACCUACAUCGGUGCAGUCAGUAGGUGUUCUUCAGACAGGGGGACCCUCGCCAUGCCCCGCGACGCUACAACCAACAACUUCCUCAUCAAUCUGAAAAAUGCCGUCGACAACACCGCUAAGUUCCGUUUUGGACUGACUGAUCGCCACCGGGAGGGAGUUUGGAAGUGGAGCGAUAACGUUCUUCUGGGUGGCUUCACAGCUUGGGCCUCAGGAAACCCCGACAACUAUAAUAAUAACGAGGACUGUGCCGAGUACUUUCCCGAUGGUUACGAUAGCUCCAACAAAUGGAACGAUGGAUACUGUGACGACAACAGGAAGUUCAUCUGUCAACUAGAUAUCGAUGAGUGUAGUAUUGGCACGCACAACUGUCACUCUCGAGCAACCUGUACCAACACACCCGGCAGUUUCAGAUGUGCCUGUAGGACCGGAUACAGCGGGAGUGGAGUCACCUGUACAGAUAUCAAUGAAUGUACUACUACUAGUAGUACUAGCAGGCACAACUGCCACUCUCGAGCCACCUGUACCAACACUGUCGGCAGUUUCAGAUGUGCCUGUAGGACCGGAUACAGCGGGAACGGAGUCACCUGUACAGAUAUCAAUGAAUGUACUACUGGCACUGACAACUGUCACUCUCUAGCCACCUGUACCAACACUGCCGGCAGUUUCAGAUGUGCCUGUAGGACCGGAUACAGCGGGAGUGGAGUCAGCUGUACAGAUAUCAAUGAAUGUACUACUGGCAGGCACAACUGUCACUCUCGAGCCACCUGUACCAACACUGCCGGCAGUUUCAGAUGUGCCUGUAGGACCGGAUACAGCGGGAGUGGAGUCACCUGUACAGAUAUCAAUGAAUGUACUACUGGCAGGCACAACUGUCACUCUCGAGCCACCUGUACCAACACUGUCGGCAGUUUCAGAUGUGCCUGUAGGACCGGAUACAGCGGGAACGGAGUCACCUGUACAGAUAUCAAUGAAUGUAGUACUGGCAGGCACAACUGUCACUCUCAAGCCACCUGUACCAACACUGCCGGCAGUUUCAGAUGUGCCUGUAGGACCGGAUACAGCGGGAGUGGAGUCACCUGUACGGAUAUCAAUGAAUGUACUACUGGCAGGCACAACUGUAACUCUCGAGCAACCUGUACCAACACUGCCGGCAGUUUCAGAUGUGCCUGUAGGACUGGAUACAGCGGAAGUGGAGUCACCUGUACAGAUAUCAAUGAAUGUACUACUGGCAGGCACAACUGUCACUCUCUGGCAACCUGUACCAACACUGCCGGCAGUUUCAGAUGUGCCUGUAGGACCGGAUACAGCGGGAACGGAGUCACCUGUACAGAUGUCGAUGAGUGUACUACUGGCACGCACAACUGCCACUCUUUGGCAACCUGUACCAACACUGCCGGCAGUUUCACCUGUACCUGUAGGGCUGGAUACAGCGGGAACGGGGUCACCUGUACAGAUGUGGAUGAAUGUAGUAAUGCUGCCACACACAACUGCGACAGUCAAGCCACCUGUAACAACACUGACGGCUGGUUCACCUGUACCUAUGUAAAUGAAUGCACGGAUAACACGCACAACUGCGACACUCACGCCACCUGUACCAACACUGACGGUGGAUUCAACUGUACCUGUAACGCCGGCUACAGCGGGGACGGAGUCGACUGUACAGACCACUGCGACCCCAACCCUUGCCAGAAUGGUGGAGUGUGCAACAAUACUGGAGAGUCUUACACCUGUGACUGUGCGGAGGGUUGGGGAGGAACCACCUGUGAAAUCGAUGCCGAUGAAUGUGCAGAUAACACAGAUGACUGUAGCGCUUACGCCACCUGUACCAACACUGCCGGCAGUUUCACCUGUACCUGUAACGCCGGUUACAGCGGGGACGGAGUCACCUGUACAGACCACUGCGACCCCAACCCUUGCCAGAAUGGCGGAGUGUGCAACAAUACUGGAGUGUCCUACACCUGUGAGUGUGCGGAGGGAUGGGGAGGACCCAACUGUGAAACUGAUGUGGAUGAAUGCAUGGAUAACACACACAACUGCGACCCUCACGCCACUUGUACCAACAAUGUCGGCAGUUUCACCUGUACCUGUAACGCCGGUUACAGCGGGGACGGAGUCACCUGUACAGACCACUGCGACCCCAACCCUUGCCAGAAUGGCGGAGUGUGCAACAAUACGGGAGACUCCUACACCUGUGACUGUGCGGAGGGAUGGGGGAGGAACCUUCUAUAUGGAACACUGUUUCUGACCUGUGUUACCACAGACCACUGUGACCCCAAUCCUUGCCAGAAUGGUGGAGUGUGCAACAAUACUGGAGAGUCUUACACCUGUGAGUGUGCGGAGGGAUGGGGAGGAACCACCUGUGAAAUCGAUGUGGAUGAAUGUGCAGAUAACACAGAUGACUGCCACACUCACGCCACCUGUAGCAACUUCCCUGGCGGGUACAACUGCACCUGUAACGCCGGUUACAGCGGGGACGGAGUCAGCUGUACAGACCACUGCGACCCCAACCCUUGCCAGAAUGGCGGAGUGUGCAACAAUACUGGAGACUCCUACACCUGUGAGUGUGCGGAGGGAUGGGGAGGAACCAACUGUGAAACUGAUGCCGAUGAAUGUGCAGAGAACACAGAUGACUGUAGCGCUCACGCCACCUGUACCAACACUGCCGGCAGUUUUACCUGUACCUGUAACGCCGGUUACACCGGGGACGGAGUCACCUGUACUGAUGCCGAUGAAUGUGCAGAGAACACAGAUGACUGUAGCGCUCACGCCACCUGUACCAACACUGCCGGCAGUUUCACCUGUACCUGUAACGCCGGUUACACCGGGGACGGAGUCACCUGUACUGAUUUGUCUGGAUUGACCUUCUCCGAUAUCGAGAUGGACCGAAUGACCCUGUCCUGGACGGCGUCUGCUGACGUCACACGAUACCGACUCCGUUACCGCCAUGCCGGGGCUUCGUACCAGGACCUGUCUCCCCCGCCAGCACCGGGCGACACCCAGGCCAUCGUACGGGGACUGUGGGCGGAUACAGAGUACAACUUCACCAUGACUGCUUUUGGAGAGGACGACGAGCAAAUAGGAGAGAUCAGUGGGACACAGAAAACAGCUGAAGUUAUCGUGAACGUGGACUGCCAUCAGGACCACAUGAGCGUGACCUUCCCUAGAGCAGCGCUGACAGAGGUAGAUGUGGAGACCAUGCACCUGUUGAACGACAGCUGCCGUGCGACAUACACCGAGACCGAGGUGACUCUUCGGACCGGUCUGCAGGAGUGCGGGACGACCCAGGAGUCGUCAGACGACAAACUCAUCUUCAGUAACGAGGCCUUCGGCAGUCCAGUCGUGCAUGAUAACGGCGCUGUGAGAGGAGCGACUUUCAGUCAAAGGUUCCAGUGUGAGUUCGUCCGUCAGUUUGUGGUCUCACAGGAAAGGACAAUCCUCUUCAACAUUCCGCCUUCUAGCUUUAAAGUUGUGAACGGGGAAAACCAGUUCACCUUCGAGAUGCACAUGUUUCCAUCUGCAGACUUCACUGAGACCUACAAGUCAGCCGACUACCCUGUGCAGGUGAGCUCGUCUGACCAGCUACACUUCGGACUGAGCGUGAACUCUCCUCUGAACAACCUGGAGCUGUUCGCCCUCCACUGCCUCGCCACGCCAAGUGACGAUCCCGAAGCCUCUCCAAGCGUCAACAUCAUUCAAGACGGGUGCGACAUCGACACAACACUUCAACUGAACAAUGCACUGUCUAACGACAUGGCCUCGUACUACUCCAUCCAAUCAUUCACCUUCCCCAACGUUGAUGAUCCCAGCCUGGUGUACAUCCACUGCACCAUGGUGGUCUGCUUCAAGGACGACCCAGACUCGCGGUGCAGUCAGGGCUGCAUCCCCGCUACGCGACGCAGGCGCGCUGUGUCUGACGUGAGCGAUGCCCGAGUGCGACGUGCGAGCGAAACGGACGAGACAGUCACCAUCAGCCAGGGACCCUUCAAAGUUGUGAGAGGAGAAAAACAAGCCUCUGCCGUGCCCACUGCCGGCAUCGCUGUCGGGACAGCUGCGGGGAUAGCCGGCGUCCUCCUGAUGGUUGCUGCCGUCUUCCUGGUAAGGAAGAGACGUGGCCGUGACGUCAAGGAGCAGGCCGAGGAUCGUGUCGGUUUUGACAACUACUCGUUCGAGCUCUGGGGAAAGGACAAGGCUGCCAACGCGACCCCCAAACCUGAGUAGUCGUUUUCUGUGUGAGGCUCGAAAUUUCAGCAUGAGCCAU